AUGGACACAUCGCUACAGCAAUCAGAUCUUGAGAAGCAACAGAUCGCCGAUCAACCGCGUCUGGCGUGGGAAUGGACAUCCGGCAAAUCCAAAGAGCCAUAUCAGCCACAGGUUCUCGACAAGUGUUGGUCACGAGAGGCCACAAAGGCAAUGUUGAUUAGUGGGCUCAAAGGUACCGCCACCUCGCCCGCAUUAUGGAGACGGAAUUAG